AUGGAACCAAAUGUUUCGCAUGCAUUUCAUUCAACUGUGCCUGCUAAAUCGAACCAUUUAAAUGUCGGUGAUUGUCAAAAUAAUAAUAAGUCAUUAUUUUCACAUCAUAUUUCACCAUCAACUGAAAUGAUAUUUUCAUUGUCCAACCGAAAAUUAUUAAUGGACCAAUUGGUUCCCAUAUUGAAAGCUUUGCAACAAGAAUCACUUCACACUGCAUCACAAAAACAACAUUACACCAAUUACUGGAUAUUUCGUCUUCAAAGAACAAUCGAAUUUUUACAAGAUAUAAUUCAGACAGAAGAACGAAAAUAA